UUUUCCGUUAACUUGAUUUUCAAAUCUUGAAUCAGUAACGUAAUCGUGUUAGAAUAUAAUCUUUAAAAAAUUGGAUUUUUUUAAGAAUAUCGUAUAAAUAAUUGUUAAAAAAUAAUAUAAAAUAUAAAUAAAAAUGGUUGAAGAUACAAUUCGAGUAGCUGUACGUAUUAGACCACUUAUCAAAAGUGAAAUAGAAAAGGGAUGUGAAGAAUGCUUAAACACAACACCUGGUCAACCACAAAUAAUUGUUAAAAAUACAGAUAAGGCCUUCACAUUUAAUUAUGUUUUCACUCCAGAUAUUAAUCAAGAAGACUUUUAUAACACAGCUAUUAAAGAUAUGGUUACACGCAUUUUUGAUGGUUAUAAUGUUACUAUUCUUGCAUACGGACAAACGGGAAGUGGAAAAACCCAUUCAAUGGGUACUGAUUAUAGCGGGAUAGAAGAUAUGGGUGUAAUACCUCGUGCUAUGCAUGAUAUUUUUAAUAUAGUGAAAUCCAAAACAGAAUGGAAUUUUCGAACAUGUGUGUCUUUUAUGGAACUUUAUCAAGAACAGUUAUAUGAUUUAUUAUCAGAUAAACAACGUAGUCAUAGUACAAUAGAUAUUAGAGAAGAUAAUAAGGGGAUCAAAAUUGUGGGUGUUACGGAGAAGGAAGUUAAAAGCGCAGAAGAAAGCCUAGAAUGUUUAAUCGAAGGAUCGCAAGGAAGAGUAACAGGCUCUACUGCAAUGAAUGCUCAAAGUAGUAGAAGUCAUGCAAUAUUUACCUUACAUAUCCAUCAACAAAAAAAGAAUGAUCCCAAUUCAGCAACUACUGCUAAAUUUCAUUUGGUGGAUUUGGCUGGUUCUGAACGUUCAAAAAAAACUCAAGCCACUGGAGAAAGAUUUAAAGAAGGCGUUCAUAUAAAUAAAGGUUUAUUAGCUUUAGGAAAUGUUAUUUCUCAAUUAGGAGAAUGUGGUAAUAAUUCAUAUGUUGGCUAUAGAGAUAGCAAACUUACAAGAUUAUUACAAGAUUCUCUUGGUGGAAAUUCCAUGACUCUUAUGAUAGCAUGUGUCAGUCCAGCAGAUUAUAAUAUGGAUGAAACGCUUAGCACAUUAAGAUACGCGGAUCGUGCACGCAAAAUAAAGAACAAACCAGUGGUCAAUCAGGAUCCAAGAGUAGCUGAAAUUAAUCGUCUAAAUGAAUUGGUACAACAAUUCAAACUUGCUCUUUUACACCAAGAAUCGCAACAAUCCUGUUCGAGCGAUUGUCAAGAAUUACGAAAGAAAAAUGAAUUAUUACAUCAAAAGAUAAGAGAUUUGACAGACCAAGUAAAUAGCAAUUUAAUCAAAAUGGUUUAUAUGCAUGAAAGAACUGAACUCGCCGAGCAAUUACACGAUAAAAUUAAAUCUGAGAUGGCUGUGAUAUUAACAGAUUGUAAAGAAUUGUUAGAUAAUUAUAAUGACAAUUGUGGAGUAAAUGACAAAAAUUAUGUUAAAAUAAAACUUAUAUAUGGAAAGAUUCUUGACAUGCAAACAAAUGACAACAAAAUAUCGGAAGAGCUCUUUAAUCAUGCAAUGUCUCUAGACUCUAAAUUACCUGGAUUAAAAGAAACUGAAAAUGAUGUGAACAAUGAGUCCACCGAUGAAGAAUUGUCUAGCUGUUUGGAAGACUUCGAUAAAAAACAUGAAGAGCAUACUUCGAUUCAAACCGAAAGAAAUAAUCAAGUUCAAAACAUAAACAGAGAGUUGGCAAUCAAAGAACAUCUUAUCUCAGAACUUUUAAAAAAUUCUUCUCCUGCUAUUGAAUAUUCUAAAGAAUUGCAAGAUAUGGAACAAGAAAUAAAAACUCUUCAAUCUGAGAAAGAUGAACUUUUAGUAGCUCUACGUAAUGCUCAAGCCAACAAUGCUAGUUCAAAAUUAGCAGAAAGUCGUCGUAAAAAAGUACAAGAGUUAGAAAAGAAGAUAUCAGAAUUGACUCAAAAAUGUUUGGAACAAAGUAAAACUUUAAAGGCAAAAGAAAAAUUACAACAGCAAAUUAAAAAUUUAACUAAUGAAAUUCAAUCCUUAAAGCAAACUAGAGUAAAAUUAGUCAGACAAAUGCGAAGCGAUGCUGACAAAUUUGCAGAGUGGAAACGAACUAGGGAGAAAGAACUUUACAAGUUAAAAGAGCUUGAUCGUAAACGAGCUAAUCAAAUGGUACGGUUACAAAUGCAGCAUAAUAAACAACAAAAUGUAUUCAAAAGAAAAAUGGAAGAAGCUUACGCAGCUAAUAAAAGAUUAAAGGAUGCAUUGGAAGUACAAAAGAAAGCUAGUCAAAGAAGAGAAAAGACGUUUAAUAACAAAAGUGAUAUUCAAUCAUGGGUGAGACAAGAAGUUAAUAUAUUAUCAAGUACUGUUGAUGCAGAAAGUACACUUCAAAGAUUAAUAAACGAAAGAGAAUAUUUAAAAUCUCAAUUAGAAGAUCUUAAGAAUGAUUCGAAUGAUCACGAGACAGAAGUAGCAGAACUUACUGAAUUUUUAACUUUACGUAAUACACAAAUACAAGAUUUACAACAAAAAAUUAAUGAAGCAAAUGAAGAAAAUAGAGCAAAUAUAAGAAUGAAUACAAUACAAUCCAUUAGCGAUGCUAAAGUUGCUAUUAAAUGUCUUUUUGACGUUACUUCGGAAGAUAGGAAAAAGUUUAUGGAAAAAUAUACAAAUUUGCAAACGAAUUUGGAUGAAUGCCGCCAAAGAGAGGAUAGACUAAAACAAGAAUUACAAAUGUAUAAAAAUCAACUAAAUGAAUCUAAGAAAAAGGUUCUAAAAGAGAAUGUUAAUAGAAAUAGUAAGAACAAUAAGAAAUCUUCAAUUACAAAUAUGAUAGAAGUACAAAAAUUAUCGUCGAAAUACGAGAACCUCUAUACAUCAGAUGAUAGCAUAAGCGAUGAUGACGUAGAAAAAGAUCCAGAUUGGACUCAAACUCCACUUUAUAAUAGAAUACGAAAGCUUUUGGAUACAACGAAAAAUUCUAAGCCACCAGUGAAGCAGCUAUCAGACGGAGAAGUGAAAUGCGCCUGUAAAAGAAAAUGCAUCACUCGUAUCUGUUCGUGUCGCAAAAAUAAUCGUAUAUGUAACAAUUGUAAUUGUAAUGCGGAAUUAUGUCAAAAUAAUGAUAUAAACAAGCACACCCAACCGUAUUUUCAAGAUUACGCCGAAGAAGAUGAAAAUUCAAUUAAAAAACCAAGAUUAACCAAACAACUUUCAAGCAGCGAUUUCCGAGACAGUUCUGAAUAAAUUUUCAUUUCAAUCAUAAUAAUUGGACUAUUCACUAGGAAGGAAUUAAAUAUUGUAUAUAUAUUAUUUUUAUCUGAUAAACGUAUGUUAUUUUUGUAUUAUGUAUAUUGUUUGUUUUAUACUAAAAGACUUCGUGAUACGCCCAGAUAAAGAAAGAGAGAAAAUGGAUAUCAAAAAA